AGGGCGGCCAUCUUUGAUGAGGGCAGAGCUCUGUAUUCCAUUGAAGAAGAACCGAGGAGGUCAGAAUCAGCUGCGCGCACCACCUUUGCAGCAAGCUGGUCCUGAGAAAAUUCGCUUUGCUAUUUAAACUCAUAGAGUUUUUCGAAAGAGUGUUGAUUGCCUUUCACCAUACAGAGGCACAGUGCCUACUAGAGAUCCUGCCACUAAUUUCUAACUGUAAAGUAUCCACACAAAUCUUCCACCAUGGCAGAAGAUGCGGACAUGCGCAAUGAGCUUGAGGAUAUGCAGCGGCGUGCUGACCAGCUGGCUGAUGAGUCAUUAGAGAGCACCCGGCGUAUGCUGCAGCUGGUUGAGGAGAGUAAAGAUGCUGGCAUCAGGACUUUGGUUAUGUUGGAUGAGCAAGGAGAACAACUUGAUCGUGUCGAAGAUGGCAUGAACCAUAUCAACCAAGACAUGAAGGAGGCCGAGAAAAAUUUAAAAGAUUUAGGCAAAUGCUGUGGCCUUUUCAUAUGUCCUUGUAACAAACUCAAGUCUAGUGAUGCCUACAAGAAAGCCUGGGGAAACAACCAAGAUGGUGUAGUAGCCAGCCAGCCUGCCCGUGUUGUGGACGAACGUGAACAGAUGGCUAUUAGCGGUGGCUUCAUUCGCAGGGUAACAAAUGAUGCUCGGGAAAAUGAAAUGGAUGAGAACCUAGAACAGGUCGGUGGCAUCAUCGGAAAUCUACGCCACAUGGCUUUGGAUAUGGGCAAUGAGAUUGAUACACAGAACCGCCAGAUUGACAGGAUCAUGGAGAAGGCUGAAUCCAACAAAACCAGAAUCGAUGAAGCCAACCAACGUGCUACAAAAAUGCUUGGCAGUGGCUAAACACAUCCAAAAAAGUGCUUUUAACUCCUGCACUGUUUGCCAAACAGUGUAAACUUGCUUUUAUCAUGGUAUUUACCUACUAGGUUUGCACACAUGCACAUAUCAAACCCCAUUGUAAAUGUUGUUCUGUGUAGUUUGUCCAGCUUUCUAAAGAUAGUACUUGUAAUGAUUUCUUUUCUAGGUAUCUUUCUUUCCAAAGUUUGUUAUUUAGUGCUGAUUUGAUGGCUAUAGCUCACUAGUGAAGUUUUUGUUCUCCUCAUAUAUUUAUACAUGUAUAUGAUAUAAAGUAUGCAUAUACACAUACACAAACCUCUGUCUUUGCUAGAUGACAAUAAUGUAGGAAUGCUACAAACUCUUUUCCUUUUCAGUAUUCAGUAUUGUCCUAGUAAAACUGUGUCAUUCCACAGUGCUACUGCCGUGUUCCUUUCUUUGAUGUUGUAAUAGUUAAAACAAUUUUUCAAAAGCACUUACGGUUGCUGUCCUUCAGUUAUCCCUCAUCAGCCAUUAUGAGUUCAUGUUUAGACAAUGUGCAGCUAGACUAUGUAACUGUAAUAGGCAUUGCACUAAAAGUGAUGUGAUUUGUGCAUUAUGCAUGAUGAUUAAUAGAUUUUAGAAUCUUCUAAAUAAAAUCAGUCAAAAAAGAUCUUUACAUGGCAGUAGCAAAUUGACAAAAGCAUGCUCAGUAUUGGGACACAGCUGAAAGUACAGUACAAUGUUCCUGCAAGUCAGCAGUUGUGCCACUGUUUCUGUGACUCUAUUGUAACAAACUGUGACCAUUGUUGUAAAAAAUGACUAAAAAAUGAAUAAAUCACACAGUAUGGUUUUAGCGCAGACACACACACACACACACACAUCCACAAUUUUUUUUUUUUUGACAAAUAUGCAGUUAGUUGAAAAUAUUCAAUAAAAUUUUGAAAGAUGUGGGAAUGGUUGUAUAUUGUAAUAUAAGGUUUGGAUGCUGCUUAGGACUUAAAAAUAAUGACUGCAAUACAAAAAGGCGCAUAUUUCUGAAACACAUAACUUUUUUAAAGAAACUAUAUCUUGUUAGCUGCUCUCCCCUUGUGGUUUGUUAUCAAUAAAGAACUUCUUUGUUGCUUCUGUACCUAGAGCUAUGCACACCAAAUCGCUAAAAUGUCAAGUAGUUGAGAAUAAAUAAAAUCCUUUACUGAAUGAUGCAUAGAUAAAACUGUGACAAAUAAAAUGUCCUUACAGCAUGUAAUAUGAAAUUCUCCUCCUGUCUCCUGUCGGUUUGUGAAGUGGUUGACAUUUUGUAGCUAGUUAAUGAAAAAAAGAUUAAAAAUUGUAAACAUU